AUGGUGUAUCUAGGAAAACAGAAGACGGACUUGCCUCGCCUACAGAUUUUACAUUACAAAAUCCACCAACAAUCGACCACUGUUGAUAUACAGUCAUAUAACGUGGCAGAGCCGGAAGCAUGGAGGAGUAUAGGAAGAGAGCCAUUAUCUGGAGACACUUGUUACUUUCUGCGAUUCUUAUCUAUGACAAGAAAAUGACAUUCGAUUGAAUGGCGAUUGUUAUCAAAAUGCUAUUACUGUUCGUAGACAUUCAGUUGGUGCCAACGGUCGCGAUGGGUUGCUCCUGCUCGAGGCCAUUAAGCGAUAGUCAGAGCGUUCAGCAAAAUGCCCUGCAGAUGAUAAACGAUCAGCAGUUGCCGAAGUCGUCACGUCGCCGACGCCAGGAGGAGAAACGACGACAGCGACAACGCCAUAGGCUACAGAAAGGUAAUGGUAGAAUUCAAAGGCAUGGCAAACAACAGCAACAUCCAAGCCAAUCGGGAAGCCAGAGAAGGUCAAGUUCCAAUUGGCGUCACAAUUCCCAAGUUGCCAUGCGUCUAUUGGGUGGCAGCAAUGGAAGCAGUGCCACCGAAUGCGGCAGUGCUCUAUAUGCCCGCACUGUGGAGAAGCAACGCGAGGAUCAUCAUCGAAUUAUCGAGAAGAAGACCCUCUAUCAGUUGGAUAGGCAACUGGAGACAUUUCUGCUUAACCAAGUGUUACUGGGCAUGCAGUUCUUUAGCCAUUUUGAGUCAGAAAUGUCAACCAUGGAUCAACAAUUGCAGGCCAAGCGAAGGGCCAGUGCCCAAUUGCUGAGUGAGCACAGUUUGCUUCAUGCCAGUGUCAUCGAUGUGGCAGUGCAGGUAAAAUUUGGUGGCCAGCCGCUACAGAAACCCCUGACAUAUGUGGUAUUCGAGAAUGUGGAUAUAGCGAGAACGGAUGAUGCCAAUUAUGAUUCGAUUGCGGCCUUGUGCAAAGUUCUGUUGGACACAGACUACUACAAGAGUACACCAGCACGCUGGGACUAUGUACAACUGAUGGAGCGCGCCCGUUGGAUGGGCUAUGUGCGUUUAAAGCUGCGCGAGCAACAGCAGCAAUCGAUAUUAAGUCCAACGAGAUCUUUGAACAGCUUUAACGAAGAUAUAGAUGGCGGCAUCUAUACGGAUGGCAGUUCCAGUUCUGGUUAUAGUACGGCUGACAGUUGGAAGGAUUAUGAUCAUGUAUAUAUGUCGCGUUUGAAUAAUCCACGACCCUUGAAAGAGUUGCGGAUGACACAAGUUCCACUUAGGAGGAAUGUCUUACCGGAUGAAUGUAUUUCUCAGUUGGCCAAAUGUCUGCCACCCUGGCUAAUGGAUGAUGACGACGACGAUGACGACAAUGAUGAUGAUGAUGAUGACGACGAGGAGGAUGAUUCUGAGAAUGAAGAGUGUGAGGUAAGGGAUAAAGAAACCACUGCAGAAAAGCAACAAGGAACUGUCUCUGAUUCUCCCUCUGGCUACGAGACCGUAGAGGUAUUGCGUCAAUGCCGGCUGGAGCAACAGCACCGGCGUACACUGCUUCAGCAAAGCUACUUGAGCUCCACACAGUUCAUGAACUACUUUGGAGAGCUUUUCCGCCAGCAUUUGGCUAAAGAUUUGCAUAUACCGGCGGCCCAUUUGGCCUCUGGGAGCUAUCGCGGCUGCACGUUAAUGCUGGACCAAGAGAUGAUGGUGCCCGCAAUCCAUGUGCCACAUGGUUGGCCAGAUUGCGCCUUCGAGUUCAAUCGUCGAACGCGACCAGUGCUUACCAAUUUGCAUACAGGAGAGAAAUUCCAAUGGCCCACCGAGCAGAUGCGUCAGCGGAUUAAAUCCUUUGGCUUUCAUGUGAUUCCUGAGGGUCAUUCGCCCAAGCAUAGAAGGAAUCCGUUUCGAGAAUUGGAAUGGCGCAUUGUUUUCCCCCAGGCGGAAAUUUAUCUGGAGAGACAGUUGAAUCAAAUGCAGCUCAAGGUAUUUCUUCUGAUGAAACUUCUAGUACGGACAUUUGUCGGCGAGCAGUAUACGGCCAUGGGAUCCUUGAUGGAACAACUGCGGGCCCAUCUGUUCUGGCAUUGCGAAAGUAAUACCAACGAGUGGCCCGAAGAGUUCUUGGGAGAACAGUUGGUGCGAUUUGUGCGCACCUUUGCCGACUGUCUGGCACGCAAGGAACUACGCGACUAUUUCAUCAAGGAGCGCAAUCUCCUCGAGCAUGUGCCAGAGGAUGCAUUAAUGCAGCUUCACACCAUAAUGGCGGGCAUAGCCGAGCAUCCGUUGCUGCAUAUGGUCGAGGCCUUGAAGCAUUUGCAGCAUCAUAAGAAUUUCUAUCCGCCAUUGGACUACAACCGUUUGCUGGAGAACAUCUUUACCGAAGACUAUAUUCAACUGCGAGAAUGGAGUAAAUUCAAGAGGCAAACUCCAGCAAACAGCACCUCGGCUGCUCCCUGGCAGGAGGAGCAGCUAGUAACUCCGGAGAAAAAAGACAAUAAGCGGAGCAAGGAAGUCAUCACAGAUGCCCAGGGCUGGUUGGGCCUGGCCGAGCAUCAGGAGCGCUCACGUGGUAAGCUGCGACGCAAGACCCAACGCAUGCAAGCGGCGCAGCAAAUGAAACUCCUUGAGCAUCGGCAGAAGCAAUUGCAGCGGGAGAUAUCCGUCACCAGUUCGGUGGACAACCUGGAUUUGCAAUUGCUAAUCGCCACCCGACGAUCCAACUCGAAUAAUAGCAAUGGCAUUGAACAGCAAACGCAACCCCAGUUCAACAAUGGCCUGGAAAUAUUGCGUCGCACUAAUCUCCUCGAGCUGCUGCUCGAUCAUCUGUUGAGUAUGCUCCGCAAGGCCAUAGCGUUUCGCAAUUGCCAUCACUCUCAUCUCUAUCUGGAGCAGGGUCAACGUCUGUGUCGGCUCUAUCAACAAUUGGGUUGCUCUCAGCAUGCCCAGCAUUUUGUCGAGCAGUUGUGCGAAGAGGCCAACAAUUUGGAAAAGAUGGAGACGUCUCCAAUGCCAUCAUCGUCGUCGUCAUCGUUCUCCUCGCUGUUCCUGACACCACCAACUUUACCCAGCCGCAGUGUCAGUCCCCAGCAUCCACGUAAAUCUAUAAAAUUCGAUGAUCAUGUGGUUCUAAUUCAUUCACCGCCUCAACACAAUCAGAAAACAGAGGGCGGAAGCGAGGACGAGGACGAGAACAAGGAAGAAAAGAAUGAAACUAUCCCAUCAGAAGCAGAAGCAGAACCAACACAGACAAACACGGAAAGUGUUUUGUCUUUGGGAAAUCUUCUACAGCGUCUCAAUAUUCAACCCGAUAAAGUUCAAACUUUAACACAGAAAACGGAUCAGCUAAUGCAGACCUUAGCGCCAGAAUCCAAGCGUGAGGAAUUACGUCAUAUGGUUAAACGUAAUGCACAAAAGCUUAAAGAAGCCCUCAACUAAAUGCGCAAAUCCAUAAAUGCAUUAAGAUAAGACCCGUAUAGAUAUAGCCAGCCAUAUAUAAAUACUGUACAUACAUACAUACAUACAUACAAA